UAGAAAAGUUCCCAAGAAAUAGUAGACGCAUUGAAUUUUCUGAAGCGAUAAUGCUCUUAUAUUGUUAAUUAUAAUAAAUCGAAUCUCUUAGUUUUCUUUUAAGCUAAGAUCAUGAACUUGAUAUUAUCAUGCAGAAAUCAUGGUCUACGACGCUGAGAUUACCGAACUCUAAGUUCCCUCCGAGACCUCUCCCAAGACUACGGGAGUUGUAUAUCCAACGAUGUGCCGACGAGUUGUAUGAGUGGCAGAAGGUCAAUCGCCCUUCUGAUAACAUUUUUACAAUUCACGAUGGCCCACCUUAUGCUAAUGGUGAUCUUCAUGUUGGCCAUGCCUUAAAUAAGAUCCUCAAGGAUAUGAUUUUGAGGGUCAAAAUACAACAAGGCCGACAAGUGGAAUAUACCCCAGGAUGGGAUUGCCAUGGGCUUCCUAUCGAGUUGAAAGCUCUCGAGAAAUCUCAGGGGUCAGAACUAGGUCCCGUUGAAGUUCGGAAGUCCGCCCGAAACUUAGCGUCUAACACCGUCCUGAAGCAGAUGAAAAGCUUCAGAUCUUAUGGUGUUAUGGCUGAUUGGGACCGAAGAUGGACUACCAUGGAUGCCGCCUUCGAGAUCCGCCAGCUCCGUUUGUUCCAGCAGAUGGUCAAGAAGGGUUUGGUUUAUCGCGCAUAUAAGCCGGUCUACUGGUCUCCCUCUUCGGGGACUGCACUUGCCGAGGCGGAAUUGGAAUACCGCGACGACCAUAUUUCAACUGCGGCCUGGAUCAAGUUCCCAACCGUACAAGAGUGGAGGGAGCUCCCAGAGUUCAAAGGUUUGCGAGACAAAGUUCCAGGAUCUCUCUGUGCCGUAAUAUGGACCACUACGCCGUGGACAUUACCCGCAAACAGAGCCAUCGCCAUACAUGAUAAUCUAGAGUACUGUGUUGUCCGUCAUGGGGAUGAUGCUUUGUUGGUCGCUAAGAGCCGUCUUGAUACUCUUUUAUCCAAGAUCGGUGCCGAAGAUCUUGAGAUACUUGGGACUUUCCAAGGCGCACAAUUAACGUCUCUAAAGUAUGCUAAUCCGCUCCGCGGGAAAAGAGAUCCUCCUCUUCAACCUAUUAUACACGCAGAUUUCGUAUCAGCUGACUCAGGAUCGGGACUCGUACAUCUUGCACCUGGUCAUGGGUUUGACGACUACGAGGUUUGCUUAAAACUUGGAAUACCUCUGGCGGUUGCCGUUGACGGCCAAGGUAGAUUUACUCCAGAUGCUUGCCCCGACAUGCCUCAAAUGCUCGAAUCCGCCCGUCCCGUAAUUGAAGGCGGGGGGCAAACCAUUCUCAAUAUUCUUGAGACCGAUGAUUGGGUUUUACGGGUAGAAAAGUAUCAGCAUAAAUAUCCAUAUGAUUGGAGGACGAAGAAACCAGUAAUCAUCCGAGCUACCGAGCAAUGGUUUGCUGACGUCGGAUCCGUCAAGCAAGAAGCCCUUGCAGCCCUCAAUGACGUUCGUUUUACCCCAGAAUCUGGUAGAAAGCGUCUUGAGAGUUUUGUUCAAGGUCGAAGCGAGUGGUGUAUUUCGCGACAACGUGCCUGGGGUGUUCCAAUCCCAGCACUCUAUACCGAAUCUGGAUCAGUCGUGAUGGACGACGAAGUGGUCGAGCAUAUUAUAUCGGUUAUUCAGGAACGAGGAACUCAGGCUUGGUGGUCAGACGCCCCAGACGACGAUGCUUGGGUUCCGCCUUCUUUAUCUGAGGGGUCUGCCAAAUAUACCAAAUAUCGACGAGGGACUGAUACUAUGGACGUAUGGUUCGACAGCGGAAGUAGUUGGACAAUGAUGCGUGGCCGUGCAGAUAUUUAUCUCGAAGGAUCUGACCAACAUCGUGGCUGGUUCCAGUCUAGCCUCCUUACACGAAUUGCCGCAGGAACCCAAAUGGAUGCCAACUUUGAAAAAGGGGCUCCUUUCAAACAUUUAAUAACCCAUGGCUUCACACUCGACCACGCUGGUAAAAAAAUGUCUAAGUCGCUAGGGAAUAUUAUUGAACCUCGACAAGUCAUGGAUGGUACACUUCUACCGCCAAUGAAACGGAAAAAGGGAAACGCAGCACCCCAAGGACAACCUGCCUAUGACGCCAUGGGCCCUGAUGCUUUGAGGCUGUGGGCUGCUAGCAGUGAUUAUACGCACGAUGUUGCAAUCGGAGUCCCCAUGCUUAGCGCUAUUCAUACAGCGUUAAUCAAAUACCGUACUAUCGUGAAAAUGCUUCUGGGUUCCGUGCAUGAAUCUGCUCGGACGGCACCUCUAACGGCAACGGACCAUAUCGCUAUUCUACAACUGCAAGACACGAUGCAGGAAGUGGGCAAAGCAUUUGAUAACUACGAAUUUUAUAAGGGAUUCGCCGCCUUGAACAAAUGGAUAAUAAACGACUUCUCUUCUUUCUACUUGGGAGCCUUGAAGGAUCGAUUAUACUGCGGGGAUGGUGGGGGUGUUCUUGAGCCAUUGCUUACCGGGCUUCUCAGGAUGCUAAUGCCAGUGACACCGCUACUCGUUGAAGAGGCGUGGGAUCACCGCCCAGAAUGGAUGAAAGGAGACUCGUCUUUGAUUCAUCCAGCUCACCAGCUCUACAACGAUCCCAUAAUUGAGCCUAGCCGUCUCACCCGUGACCUAACCGCCCUACGGAAGGAUAUCCCGGUGCUUAUGUCGGUGAACGCUGCCAUCAAAGCAGCCCUAGAAGUUCCUCGGAAGGACAAAGUCCUAGGCUCGUCCCUGCAAAGUAGUGUUAUCAUUAAGAUCGACGACGUCCAGACCCGGGAAGUAUUGGAAUCCUAUGCAGACGAACUGGAGAGCAUGUUCGUCGUUUCCUCUGUUGCCAUAAACGGCGAUCUCCCAGCGCAACCGGCGUGGUCCUACUGGUCCUACACUCAACUGUUCGAGGUGGGCGGAAUCAGGGGGGAGGUCAUCGUGCUGCCUCCUAAACACGCCAAGUGCCCUCGGUGCUGGCGAUAUGUUGUGCCAAAACCGGAUCCCCCAGAAGCGGAUAGCCUAGAAGAGGGUAGCUCAAGUGACGACAGUCCAAGAGAGGGUAGCCCAGAAGAAGAUAGCCCAGAAGAGGAAAGACUAUGCAGGCGGUGCGAUGAUGUGGUAGCGGCCCAAGGCGUGGAGGGAGUUGUAAAUUAGUUGUAACUCGUUGUGUAUGAUCAAUAGAUAAAGCUCUCGACUGUAACUUGUCUUAAUAGGCCCUAAUCUCCUGAGCUGCGGGGCACUUAGAUACUAGGGACAUAGAUGAGCGACUAGAUGGGGAGCGGCAGCGACGUGAAUAGCUGUUACGGCAUCGGUAAUGGCCAUGUUAUCAUUAGAUGAAGCUAAGUGGAAUGGAAGCAACUUCGUUGUUCUGCGAGGAACUAACUUGUAGCGUAAUGGGGGACGUGAUACGUGGGAACACAUAGGGG